AUGGGGACGCUUAAAUCAAUUACAACAUCGAGGGAAGAAUACCAGAGUAUGAAAUCGACAACGAAGGUUCCUCGUAACGUAAACGUGUUGAUUUUGGCAGGAUAUCGCACCGGCUCUACCAUCCUCUCAGAGUUAUUCAUGAGAAAUCCCGACGCUUACUACAUAUUUGAACCAGGUUUCUUAUUGGAAUUAGACAAUUGUAGCCACGAGUUUUCUACGUUUACAAGGUCUGCCGAACUGACGCGGUUUUUGAAUGUUUUAUAUACCUGUGACUUUGAAAACGAAACGUCACAGUGCUACUUCGACGCUGCGGAAGUGAUGCGUGGUACUAUUAGGUUUAACGUACGGUGGACAAUCAAAAUGCGUCUUGGUUUAAAUUAUGCAAAUAUUAGCAAAAUGAACCUAACGGAAUAUUGUCUACAGCAUCCGAUCACAGCGGUUAAAACGAUCCGAGUCGAAAAGAUAAGUCAGGUGGUGCCAUUGAUGCGCGACCCCAAAAUUGACCUCAAAGUGAUAGACCUUGUUCGGGACCCAAGAGGUAAGGCCUCGUCAGUUUUAACAAUUAAAGACGAACUUUCAGAAAAAAUGCUUUUACGGUCAAUCGAACAUUACUGUUCCCUGGGAAUGGAAAACAUAGCUAUUGGGAAAUCGAUGGACGAGUGGCUGCGUCAUAACUACAUAGCUGUACGGUACGAGGAUUUUGCAAAUAAGCCGAUAGAGGUGACACAAAAACUAUACACGACCCUGGGUUUGGAGCUUCCUCCAGACUUGAUCCCAUGGUUAACGAUCAAUACUAGCCACGAUGGGCAUGGAAACGCAUAUUCAACAACUCGUGACUCCAAGGUCACAGCGCAUGCGUGGAGAAGAAAUUUGUCGAUACGAACAAUUCAACGAAUUGAAAAUAUACAAGCCUGUCGUGUUUUUAUGAACUACACUGGAUAUGGAUUGGUUGAUGGCAGACACAACUUGCUUAACGAUAGCAGUAUUUCAUUUCUCGAGUCACGUCCGGAAUGGUUUCUGUGA